CUAUCAGUUUCGAAUGUACAUAAAUGUGUAAUUUUUUAUUUCUCAUCAACAAGAUGUUAAGGUGUUUUGUAUUUGGGAAUAAGCCUCAACCGUCUGUGCCUACUUUUGGUUUUAUGUGGCUAUAGGAACAAGUACAGAUUUUCUGAUUCUAUUUAUGCCGCUAAAUUACUCGUUGAAUUAAGUGACCGUUUAGUAUCACUAAUAUACAGUUUUCUUACAUUUCAAAAUGAACGUUUCAAUAUGAACGUUAAAGUACGUACUUCAAAACAAAACGUAGUUAUCCUCUUACUGAGCCAAUGAAAAUUGUCAACAGAGCUGCUCAUUAAAACUACUAUGUAUCACAAGGUAAAUAAAGAAAAAAAAUAACUUCCUUUUUGUAACUUACGAGGAUAUAGAAAAGAUACUGACAAUAUUCGUGUAAAUGUUUGUUUAUCUUUUUAAACCAUCAUUUCUAUUCAAUGCAAGAAACAGGUUUAUAGUGCGACAGUAUGGUGAAAAGGAUGACAAGUUUUAGUGUACAUGUUUAUUUGAUACUUAAUAUUUUCAUAUGCAAAGGGGUUACAGUAGUUGCAGACAUAGAUUGUAAUUUUGAUAUGAACUUCUGUGAUUGGCAGCAAGAUGUCACGGACGAUUUUAACUGGAUAAAAGGUUUAAAUGGUUAUUGGCAUACUGGCCCUUCUUAUGAUCACACCACAGGAGAGGGUUACUACAUCUACGUAGAUUCAUACAAUAAUGACAAAGGUGAAAUAGCAAGACUUAUGAGUCCAAUGCAGUCAUCAGGUCAAUACUGUUUAACAUUUUGGUACAGUAUGUACGGUAGAGAUAUUGGUGCCCUCAACGUUUACAUUAAAAUGAAAGACGGAAACAAAACCGUUAUCUUCUCAAAAAACAAGGACAUAGGCGUGCCUGCUUGGUGGAAAUCAGUUUUGAACAUAAAUGCUCAUGACUCAUAUCAAAUCGUGAUUGAAGGAAUAAUCGGGGACGGAUAUAGAGGGGACAUAGCAAUAGAUGACAUUUCUAUAAAUAAGAUCUGGAACGUGUUUCAUAGGUAA